CACUGCCUAUGUGGAAGAGGGUCUAUUGGGCACCAGGUCCAAGAGUGACUGCCAUCUCUGCACCACCUAUAGUUAUUUCUAUCUUUUUAUUUUAUUUUUGGACACGUCAUAAUUUUGGUUGGUUGACCAGCCAUCACACGUGGCAGGUUCUUUACCUGACAUCUUUAUUUCAGCUCUGCUUUAUAUGUCCAUUGUGGUUUGGAGGGUGCUGUUUCUCACUGAGGAGACACAGGGGUGUAUGGUGACUUAUUUCUUUCAUUCAAUGCUAAACUAGAGAGACCCACCUAUAGACAGCAUCGUUUGGGGGUUCUUGCUUCUCAUCAGAACGAACCAGGGUACCGAUUGGCUUAAUGAGAUCCCUUUGAUACAGCUCUGUACCCUCCUGAGCUGCAACUCAACCAACCAGUAACUGAUACCGAUGAGGGGAAAGAACCCCCAAACAGUACUGUCUACAGGUUUGAGCAUUGAAGAAACCUGUGGGAACACAAGACAUGUAGAGAGUAACGUGGGAGGGGAGGUGAUGCUCCCCGUCCAACAGACUGAAAUCCAGGACAUCACGUGGAUGAGCAGCAGAGACAAAAAUAUUUUUGCGGUAACAGAACCUGGGAAACCUGUUGUUAUUAGAAGCAUGUUCUAUAAUGGUCGCAUUAAUGUUACAGCUAAUGGGUCAUUAAUUAUAACCAAACUAACCAGAGAAGACCAAGGAAUCUAUAAAGGCAGCGUCCUGCGGCGGAUAUCAGGCCAGUGCGCUCAGUUCUACAAUCUGAAAGUAUAUGAAGAGCAAGUCUUUUCCAGUAGCCUAAGUACAACUUCACCCAUAAGGAUCAGCACAGAAGCUAUGACCACCAAGUCCCAUAAACAGGUCACAGUAUGGAUUACCAUCAUUCUGAGUGUGUCUGCCACACUUGCUCUGCUGCUGAUAUUUGUUGUUACCAUCAUACUGUCCAGAAGUCAAACAGGAGCCAGUCAUAUAGAGGAUGGGAUAUUAUAUACUGAACUGGACAAAAAUAAGCUACAGAAAGGUUUUCGAGUGAGAAGAGUACAGGAACAGAAGACUGUCACCUAUGCUAACGUGAAGGUCACCUUACAGACAAAGAACAAUGUUUGAAUGGAAAAGUCAAGUUUUUCAUCUGGUUCGAUCAAAAGAAGAAAUGACUUCCUUA